AAUCUGAAGUACGUAACCAUGGGAGUUUUUACUGUACUAUUGGUAGCCAUUGUUGGAACUGUCUACGGAUACGGAAAAUUUGACGGAGGAUAUGGAGGUGGAUCAGGUUACGGUGUUGCUGUAGGAUUUGGCGGUGGUGGAGGUUAUAGGGGUGGUUCAUGGUACAGUGGAGCUGGAGGUACUGGCGGAAGUGCUGUUAUUGGUGGCGGUGCAGGUAUUGGCGGAGGAGCAGUUAUUGGUGGAGGUGCAGGUAUUGGCGGUGGUUUAGUUUAUACAGGAGGUGCAAGCUACGGUGGAUUAUUAGGAGGAGCUGGUAACACUUGGUGUACAUGCCGUCCCGGUUUGUGUCGUAAAUGGGAGAAAACUUUGGACAAAAAAUGCAGACUAGCACCACUGUUCCCAGGACAAUGGAACACGUGUUGUCAGGGAUUCCCAUGGUGGGUUACUAGCCGUAAUUAUGGUGGAUACGGCGGUGGGUAUGGUGGCGGAAUCGGUGUUGCAUACGGCGGUGGAUACGGUGGUGGAUAUGGCGGUGGGUAUAGUGGUGGAAUAGUCGGUGGAUUAGUCGGCGGAUACGGAUUAGGAGUAAGUGGUGGGUACGGUGGUGGAUACGGCGGUGUAUACGGUGGACGAUACGGCGGUGGAUAUGGUGGUGGAUACGGCGGAGGAAAAAAAGGCUAUUAAACUUGAUAGACACCAGAAUUUGACGCAGUAGAAUAAAAACAUCCAUAGAAUGACAAUUUGUGUUUUUAAAUAAAUUUGGUUGUACAAAUUUAA